AUGUCAUCUACAAACAGUUCUAAAAAGAAUCAUCCGAACGAUGAUAAGCAACCUGCCUCUGGGAAUAAAAUAACCAAAAAUUCUUCAUCUUGCAAUUUUUGUAGAGAAAAAAAGGUUAGGUGCGUCUAUUUAAGCGGUGGUCGAUGCAAACAGUGCAUUAAUCAUAACCGCGAAUGUAUAUCCGAUCCACAAAAAAAAAGGGGACCUAAAGGCCCCAAAAAAGCAGCUGGAUCGAGUACACUAUAUAGAACUAAUUUAAAUUUAGAAAGCUUGGGCGAAGCAUUUUUGCGAUCUCUAGAAGAUGGUCAAGCUUUACAGACCUUAAUUCAAGAAACUCGGUCAAACAUGAAUGCGUUUGGAAUUUCUUUAACAACAAAUAAUGAACAAACAUUGCCUAAUUUGGAAAAUCUUUCAAACAAUGAAGGAACUAUAUUUAGUGGAAGUUCUAUUGGAAGCUCUCUAGCAACCAACGAUCAAAGCGGUUUAGGAAUAAGUAAUGUGCAAAUAUCAUAUAGUUUAAUUCAAUCAAAUCCGUCAAAUAGCGACCCAAUAUCAGUAAAUUCAACUCAAGAAACUUUGCCAAGCAGGAAUUUUUCAGCUAUAAAUAACGGACAAAUGUUAUCCCCAGUAAUAGACAACAGGCAAAAUUUCCUUAGAACUCGGUCACCUGGGACCAGUAGACAACCUUCACCAAUUCGUGAGAACCGACAAAGGAGAAGAGAAGACAGAAACCAUGAACUUGGAGUUGGCUUGCACGGAAAUAUUUCUAAUCCAAAUUCUUCACGCUCACCAAGCCCAAUUUGUUUGGGUUCAUUGUAUUCAGAUAAUUGGCAACAAAAUUUGCCAGUUUCACAAUUCCCAGAAAUAACUCUUCAGGAUUUUGCAGAUUUAAGAUCACCAUCUCCUAUAGAUUUAUCUGAAUUUAGUGACCAAGUCUAUUAUUCCCCGGACUAUACGGCUUACCCAUUUCCGAUCAAUUAUGGCACAUCAAAUAAUUCAUCUAGUCGAUCAUCACCUCUUAUUCCUUUCAAUGCAAAUCCUCAAGCGAUGUCAAUGCCAUUAUUGGGUGAUGCAUCACCUUUUAUCACAGAUCCUCAAACGCCAGUGUCGUCGAUUAAUUCACCUCUUAUCAAUUUCACUACGGACCCUCAAACCACGUCAACGCUAUCGCUUGAAUUAGAGAAUGCAUUACCCUUUGUCAAUUUCAUGUCACCGCUUGAAUUAUCACCUUAUGUCAAUUUCAGUACGGACCCUCAAGACACAUCAAUGUCAUCGCUUGAAUUAGGUGAUACGUUACCUCUUGCAAAUUUUACCACAGAUUCUCAAGCCACAUCAAUGUCAUCGCCUGAGUUGGAGGAUUCGACAUCUCUUAUCAACACCACCACGGAUCACCAAACCAUUUCAAUGGAUAAUUCUGAAGAAAUUAACUCAUACUUAUCAAUUCCGCCACAGAAUUUCAUGAAUCGAAUGAGAUGA